AGCUGUGAGUAAAAGAAAAACAAACGAUGUCUCUGCUUAUUGUUCUCUGUCGAAUCUCUCUGCAGCUACAGCUUCGCUUUUCCUUCUCAGCGCAGCCAAAGGUGAACCUAUCAUGGCUAAAGUUUCAGUAUGGCCCCAUCAAAUAUGCGGACCUCCUUCAUGCUCUCUUGGGUCUAAAGAAUUCUUGAAAAUAGCAAGUUUGGAGAUUGCAAAUUUGUCCAGCUUUUACCAGCCUCAAGAUAUAUUUUAGCUGUUAGUUUAGCAACCAUGGGAGGUCCUGAAACUGAACAAAGAUUAGAUGAAUCAAAGAAACCCAGUCAAGAAAGUGGAGAUGAAAAUCAGGGAGAAGAAGAAGAGGUGGGAGAAUGUGGAUUUUGUUUAUUCAUGAAAGGGGGUGGGUGCAAAGAUGCCUUUAUAGCAUGGGAGAAUUGCAUUGAAGAGGCCGAGAACAACAACGAGGAUAUAGUGGAGAAGUGCUUUGAGGUGACUGGGGCCUUGAAAAAGUGUAUGGAGGCUCAUGCCAAUUAUUAUGAGCCAAUUUUGCAGGCAGAGAAGGCUGAAGAGGAGGCCAGAAAGAAAUCAGAUGAGGAAAAAACAACAAAUAAAUCCGAUUCAACUGUGGAUGAAAAGAAAAUGGAUUCGGCUAUAGGUUCUAAGGCGGCACCAGAAGAGGGCAAGGGCUCCUAGCGGUAAAUGAGAUGAUUUUUGUCAGAUUUAAUUUUUGCCUUGAAGAGGAUAUUGAUAUUAUUGCUUCCUUGUCAUUCUUUCAGUGCUAAAUUGCAGAUAGGCUUAUUUAAGAUUAAACUUCAAUAGCCUCAAAAUCUAGACCACAUUUUAAGAUAUUGAGCAUCAACUGUUAUGAAGCUCAUGAUUCAUGAAAAUAAGGGUUCCACAUGACAGACAAAACAACAUUAACAGUGUGUUUUGUAUGAAAAGGACACCAUAUCGAAUUCCAAAUGCAAUUUUUCGAGGUUGCUUACAAGUUGAGUGAUGAUUUAUUGAAUUCUAUAAAUUUAUAUGAAAUUUAUUUGUUGCAUUCUUAA